AUGCCCCUUUGGCUGGUCGUGGGUGGUGCUGACACCGGUGGGAUUAAGGUCCGACAUGGCCAGGAGCUCUCCUCUGCAAGCUAUGACGAGCGCUUGUCCCACGACGCAGAGGUGGAGCAACUCGAGCUGCAUGGCACGCGCCUGCACUAUCGCAAAGUCAAGGGCACCGGGCCACCGGAGGGCUGGGUCAGUCUCCGCGCGGGCGGAAAGGACCUGUUGGUGCAGAGGAGCCAUGGUAGAAUUGAAAAGGGUGCAGUUGGGGUUCAGAGCCGUGAUUUUUUGACCAACACCGAACUGGAAGUGGUCGGGCCAGCAGCAGGCUACACCCAUCGAUGGGCAGUGAACAUCGAUUCCUGGGAACCUGAAGGAGGUGCUGAAGGCACAGAGUUUCAGUUCUUGCUGCAAUUGAUCAAGGAGAAGAACGAACGGAACAAGGUCUUGCGCUUCGUCUACUUCGCGGACCAGAAGAGGGCACUGAUCUCGCGGCUUUUGGUGCGCCAGGCGUGUGCCUCUGCCCUCAAGAAGACAAACUUUGAUGACAUUGAAAUAAAAAGGACAAAGGGCAGCAAACCCUUUCUGGCAUAUCCACUAUGUCCAGAGGAUGAAGCACCCAACUGGAAUGUGAACUGCUCUCACGAAGGAAAAUGGGUGGUUUGUGCCAGUGAGAGUCACGUGAUUGCUGGCAUCGAUGUGGCUGAGAUGCGACGCACAAAUAACAAGGGACAGACCAUCGACUUUCACAACGUCUAUCGAGGUUCACUCACUGACAAGGAAUGGGAGUAUGUGAAGGCUCAUGGACCUUGCCAGGACAAGGAAUAUGAGGCCUUUAGUCGCUUUUGGUCCGCGAAAGAGGCCUUUGUGAAAGCAAGGGGUGAUGGGAUUCAGUAUCCCUUGCACCAAGCGGAAUUCCACUGGGCGCCCUUGGAGGGCUAUGAGCCGGGUACCGCUUUCCAGGGAGACGUCCACAUCGAGGGGACGCACAGCCCGAAGUGGCGAUUUGUGCAGUACAGGAUGCCCGGAGAUUCCCCUCAUUGGACCACGGUGGGCCGGGGGCCCAUCACGAGCAUCGUGGACGCGCACGGGGAGUUCACCAAGACCCUGCGGAAACCACAGGAGCACUUCUCAGACCACGAGUGGCACUCCCACCUCCAGUCUUACAGCCCGCACUUUGAUGUCUUGCCGAUUGGCGCACUGGUUCCUCAGGACUACAUGGCUGGCUACAUUGAAGCAGGUGGCACCCCGUUUCCCUGA